AUGCGAAUCCCUGACUUACAGACUGGACAAGUUGCUUUAAAUUACAAAGAAUUUUUACAGCAACAAAUUUCUCAGCAUCAAGCUACAUGUCUAACAGCAGAGAAUGAUGAUGAGACAUACUUAGAAAUUGAUCAAGCAAUCCAGGAGUUAAAACGCCAUGUACCAACAUUUCAAGAAGAAACUGACAUAACACCUUUUGAAAUACUACGCUUAGCUAUAAUGUAUAUCGAUUUCUUACAACAAACUUUACAAACUACCGACAAUCAUCAGAGCCAGAAAAGGUGUGUUAUAGAUAUAUGUACACAUGAAUAUUUAGAAGUAAUUAUAUGCACAUCUAUAUUUGUCAUGCAAAGGAAAUUGAAAAAGUGA